AUGGUUGAAGCACCUACACUGUUUUCGAAUCCAAUUAAGACAUUAUAUCUGUUUUCGAUAGUCCUAUUUAAUUAUGCAAAAGAUACAGUGUAAUAUUUAAGUAAAUUUUGGCACAUCAUUGGAUUUUUGACUUUGGUUGUGAUAGCUCCUAGAUUUGUGGAAGGAGAACACUCAGGAGUAUGAAUAUGAAUAUUGUUUAGUUGGUGAGACAGGCUGAUGAAAUUGCGUAUUUUAUGUUAUAUUGGCUGGUAUUGGGAAUUAUGUCAUCUGUGGGUUUGGGAACUGGUCUGCACACAUUUGUGUUGUACUUGGGUCCUCACAUUGCUAAGACAACAAUUCAGGCUUAUGAAUGCAAUGCAUUGCCUUUGUUUGUGCCAUCUAAAUAUGCGACUUAAUAUGUGGAAUGUCCAAAGGAGUCAACUGGCAUAACUAUGUUUGACAUUAUGAGGUAGGUGUAUUUUGAGACAGUUCUUUUUGGAAUUGGUACAGCAAUAGGCGAAUUACCACCAUAUUUUGUUGCCAGAGCAGCUGCAUUGGCCAAUAAGAAAUUGGAAGAGUUAGAUGAAGUUUUGGAGAAGAAGGAUGAAAGUAAGAUUAUCUCUAUACAUUUUAGAUUCCUUUAUGCAUAGAAUGAAAUUGCUUAUUUACAAUAAAUUAUAGAAGAAUGCAUUCCUUACUGUGAUGUUAUGUGCUUCAAUUCCAAAUCCCUUAUUUGAUUUGGCAGGGAUCACGUGUGGUCACUUUCUGAUUUCCUUUUGGACUUUCUUCGGAGCAACCGUCUUGGGAAAGGCCUUUAUAAAAAUGCACAUUCAGGUAUUUAUAUAAAUUGAGAUAUUCUCCUUUUAGUUGCCAAUGACUGUGUUUGUCUUCUCUUAGGAACCAGUCAAAGCGUUACUCAGCUUGAUCCAAAAAUAUAUUCCCUUUAUAUAUUAAUUUUUAAGUGAUUUGCUAGAUAAGUAGAGAUAACAAUUAAGAGAUCCUUCUCUUUUCAAAGAAGGAACCAAACCGUUGUUGGCUUAAUUGUGGGAUUAUUUCAUCGUUCUUAUGAUAGGCUUCUUUAUGAUUUCUAUUGUGAAUAGUUUGGUAGCUCAAUAUGUGACUGAACAAGAGUAGGAGAAAAAGAAGAAAAAGAAAGAUCCUUCUGAAGAUCGCAAGGCCAAUAAGAAAGUAAAAAGCUCUUGAAAAUGAC